CCCGUGCACCACCGCUAUAUAUCCCCGCGCCCCCUCCUGCCUCCACCGCUCCCCACCCCGUUGUCCCCUCCGCCUUCUCCCCCUCCUCGCCGUCACCACUCCCGUGCCCGCUGCCGCCGCCGCAGCCGCCAUGGACCCCGUCGCCGCAUGGGGUCUGACGCCGCUCGCCGGCGCCGACCCGGAGAUCUACGACCUCCUGGAGCGCGAGAAGCGGCGCCAGCGGCGCGGCAUCGAGCUCAUCGCCUCCGAGAACUUCACCUCCUUCGCCGUCAUGGAGGCGCUCGGCUCCCCGCUCACCAACAAGUACUCCGAGGGCAUGCCCGGCGCCCGCUACUACGGCGGCAACGACGUCAUCGACGAGAUCGAGAACCUCUGCCGCUCCCGCGCGCUCGCCGCCUUCCGCCUCGACCCAGCCUCCUGGGGCGUCAACGUGCAGCCCUACUCGGGCUCCCCCGCCAACUUCGCCGCCUACACCGCGCUGCUCAACCCGCACGACCGGAUCAUGGGCCUUGACCUCCCUUCCGGCGGGCACCUCACCCACGGGUACUACACCUCCGGCGGGAAGAAGAUCUCCGCCACCUCGAUCUACUUCGAGAGCCUGCCGUACAAGGUGAGCGCCACCACCGGGUACAUCGACUACGAGAAGCUCGAGGAGAAGGCCCUCGACUUCCGCCCCAAGCUCAUCAUCUGCGGUGGCAGCGCGUACCCGAGGGACUGGGACUACGCCAGGCUCAGGGCCGUCGCCGACAAGGUCGGGGCACUUCUGCUCUGCGACAUGGCGCACAUCAGCGGGCUCGUCGCCGCGCAGGAAGCUGCAAAUCCUUUUGAGUAUUGUGAUGUGGUAACCACUACCACACACAAGUCUCUCCGUGGGCCAAGGGCUGGCAUGAUCUUCUACAGGAAAGGCCCCAAGCCCCCCAAGAAGGGUCAGCCUGAGGGUGCUCUGUAUGACUAUGAAGACAAGAUCAACUUUGCGGUAUUCCCAUCUCUGCAAGGUGGCCCUCACAACCACCAGAUUGCUGCACUUGCUGUGGCUUUGCAGCAAACUAUGACACCUGGCUUCAAGGCCUAUGCAAAGCAAGUGAAGGCGAAUGCUGUUGCCAUUGGGAACUAUCUCAUGAGCAAGGGCUACAAGAUGGUGACUGAUGGAACUGAGAACCACCUUGUGCUCUGGGAUCUCCGCCCUCUUGGCUUGACUGGAAACAAGGUUGAAAAGCUCUGUGACCUUUGCCACAUCACAUUGAACAAGAAUGCUGUCUUUGGUGACAGCAGUGCAUUGUCUCCGGGUGGUAUCCGCAUUGGCGCCCCCGCAAUGACCUCGCGGGGUCUGGUGGAGAAAGACUUUGAGCAGAUCGGGGAGUUCCUCCACCAGGCGGUGACCAUCUGCCUGAACAUCCAAAAGGAGCAUGGCAAGCUCCUCAAGGACUUCAACAAGGGCCUAGUGAACAACAAGGACAUCGAGAACCUCAAGGCUGAGGUGGAGAAGUUCGCCGACUCCUUUGACAUGCCUGGGUUCACCCUCGAGAGCAUGAAGUACAAGGAGUAGAUGCCUCCUCUGCCCGGCUAGGCAAGGCCCUCCUGUACAAAUGUCUUUCUUCGCAGCGGGGCAGGGUGCAUGGAGCUGCGCCACCACGCCCAUGACGAUGAUGAUGACACCGUAUGGAUUUUGUCUACCCUGUCAGCAGGAUAGGCUCAUAAGUGCCCCCCUGCACCUCUGGUUUGGUCGCCUUCCUCGGUGUUUCAGGUUUUCUUCUUAUAGGAGCUGUUUCGGUCGGAAUCCUAUGGUAAUGUGAGAGUCAGGUGUUUGCCAAUAAUAAUUCAAUGGUCGAUUGAUUAUCAUGCGAGAUUACCAUUCCUACAA